AUGGAAGUGACUGGAUUCCGCGCCACCUCUUCAUUUCUUGGCAUCUACAGUGGCUUCAACUACAACUGUGAGCACUACAACACCAAUGAUCACUACCCCUACAAACGCAACCACAGAAAAUCUUACAAGCACCACACCUGUAACAAAUACAACUACUGUGUCUACAACAGCUUCAACUACACCUGUGAACACUACAACACCAAUGAUUACUACCCCUACAAACGCAACCACAGAAAAUCUUACAAGCACCACACCUGUAACAAAUACAACUACUGUGUCUACAACAGCUUCAACUACACCUGUGAACGCUACAACACCAAUGAUCACUACCCCUACAAACGCAACCACAGCAAAUCUUACAAACACCACACCUGUAACAAAUACAACUACUGCGUCUACAACAGCUUCAACUACACCUGUGAACGCUACAACACCAAUGAUCACUACCCCUACAAACGCAACCACAGCAAAUCUUACAAGCGCCACACCUGUAACAAAUACAACUACUGCAUCUACAACAGCUUCAACUACACCUGUGAACACUACAACACCAAUAAUCACUACUCCUACAAACGCAACCACAGCAAAUCUUACAAGCACCACACCUGUAACAAAUACAACUACUGCGUCUACAACAGCUUCAACAACAACUGUGAACGCUACAACACCAAUGAUCACUACCCCUGCAAAUGCAACCACAGCACAUCUUACAAGCACCACACCUGUAAGAAAUACAACGACUGCAUCUACAACAGCUUCAACAACAACGCACGGUUCAACUGCGGCAACAACAGCAACUGGUUCAACAACAACAGCAGCAGCAACAACAACAUCAUCAUCAACAACAACAACAACAACAGCAACAACAACAACAACAACAACAACAACAACAACAACAGCAGUGGCAGUAGUUCGCGCACCAAUUGUUGUUGUUGCAGCAGUUUUGGUUAAACAAUUUGUGGCUGAACUGGAAGAUAAAAACAGCCCACAAUUUAAGGCACUUGAGGAGCAAGUGGUACUAGUGUAUGAAUUCAUCUAUAGAGCUAGAUAUGGUUUACUUUUCAGCCGUGUAAUUGUCAUAGCAUUCAG